AUGACGGGCUAUAAUUCCAAUGGUGACGUGGCUACCAGCAAUGGCAAUCACAACAACAGCAACAGCAAUGGCACGAAUGGCAACAGCAAUGGACACAGCAAACCCGUUGAAUACACCGCACAGGAGCUGCACACUAAACAACUGCCAAAGGUAGGCAACUUUAAGAUGUGUUCUCGCGACUGUUGCUCGAAGCAAGGAGGCGCCAACAACAAGGCCGGCAACAGCUGCCUCGACAAGAAGGGUGGCGGUGGCCACAAGGAGGAACUCGUAGUCCCGACACCCCAGAGUUUGCUCGACAAUAACAAUCGUAUCCAAUGCUCACUAUCGCCCGAGGAGGUGCGGGCCCUUCGCGUAUUGAAUGAAGACACGUAUCCCUAUGAGGUGAUUCAGGAGAUUGCCGACUUCAUUGUGAAGCGCGCUGGCAUUCGUCCCAAGAUCGGCAUCAUUUGCGGCUCAGGACUCGGCUCGCUUGCCGACAUCAUUCAGGAUGCCAAGGUGUUUGAGUACGAGAAGAUUCCCAACUUCCCCGUCUCCACAGUGGAGGGUCAUGCUGGCAAGCUGGUCGUCGGCACCCUGGAAGGCGCCAAUGUGAUGGCCAUGCAGGGACGUUUCCAUUUCUAUGAGGGUUAUCCCCUGGCCAAGUGCUCGAUGCCUGUGCGCGUAAUGAAGCUUUGCGGUGUGGAGUAUCUGUUUGCCACGAAUGCUGCCGGUGGCAUCAAUCCCAAGUUCAAUGUCGGAGACAUUAUGCUGAUGCACGAUCAUGUCAAUAUGCUCGGUUUCGCUGGCAACUCCCCGCUUCAGGGUCCCAACGAUCCUCGCUUUGGUCCACGUUUCCCCGCUCUGGUCAACUCGUACAACCGGGAUCUGAUUAACAAGGCUAUUGAGAUUGGCAAGACGAUGGGCAUCGAAUCAAAUAUUCAUGUCGGUGUCUAUUCCUGCCUGGGUGGGCCCACAUAUGAGACUAUUGCUGAGCUUAAGGCACUGCGCAUGAUGGGCGUCGAUGCGGUGGGCAUGUCCACGGUGCACGAGGUCAUCACUGCCCGCCAUUGCGACAUGAAAGUGUUUGCCUUCAGUUUGAUCACCAACAAGUGCCCCAUCGAAUACAGCGAUAAGAAGGACGAAGAGGCCAACCACGAGGAAGUCAUGGCCGUUGCCAAGAAUCGUCAGAAAGCCUGUUGCGAGCUCGUCUCCCGCCUCAUUUGUGAAAUCCAAAAGGGCUCGUAAAUUAACAAUACUGGCUCUGGAAUGACGUUGGAGCGGAUUAUCUCGGGUGUUCGAUAUAAAAAUCUACCUUUAGAACAAAAAUUAGAUUCUUUUUCAAAUUUACAGUAUAAGCUAAUUCAUAGACAUUAUUUAAUUUUAAGAAUUAAGAAUAUACAAAAUGUUUUAGUGAAUACAAUUUAA